UCAUAGAGCAUGCGGCCCUCUCGCUUAGUGUGGUCUUGGUCUGGUGGAAAUCUCGCUAAGAGAUUCGAUAUCCCAGCUAUAAAAACCUACAGUUGGUUAUUGUAAUUCCCAAUCGUAGUCCCUGUCCAACAUGGCUUCUUCGAAGGAAAAAAUCGACGAAGCCGGUAGCGUCUCCUCCAAUCAAAUCGAGUGGUAUGAUCCCUCCAAGGAGUCUAUGUGGACACGACUAGGUCUCAACUGGGAGAGCUUCAAACGGGCGCCAGGACCAACUGGUGGUCAAGUAGUUGCCGGCCAAGUGUCUGAAUCUCAGCUAGAGCAGCUGAAGGCAGAAGGGCCCAUGCUCCAACAGAAAAUGAAGCCCAGGCAUCUUUCAAUGAUUGCUGUCGGUGGUAGUAUCGGUACUGGACUGUUCGUUGGAUCUGGAAGCGCUCUUCGUAUCGGUGGUCCGGCUGGUGUCUUGAUUGCGUGGCUCUUGGUCGGUAUCUUGUUGAUCAACGUCACACAAGCCCUCGGAGAGAUGUCGAUCAUGUACCCAGUUUCCGGCGGUUUCUACAAUUUGUCUGAACGUUUUAUCGACUCCGGUUUUGCUUUUGCAAUGGGAUGGAACUAUGUGCUGCAAUGGGUUGUCAUUCUACCUCUCGAGGUAACGGUCGCUGCGACAACGGUGCAAUAUUGGGGCGAUGCUGUGCCAGUCGCAGCAUUGAUCACUAUAUUUUGGGUCGCUGUUAUCAUCGCUGCUUUGCUCGGUACAUUAGGAUUUGCUGAAGAGGAAUUCUGGAGCUCUUGCCUCAAGCUACUCGUCGUGGUUAUGUUCAUCUUCAUAGGAAUCAUCUGUAUCUGUGGCGGCGGUCCAAGUUCAGGUGAAUACACCAGCUACUUAGGGGGGCGCCAUUGGCACGACCCCGGAGCGUUCGCAAAUGGCUUUCAAGGUCUUUGCGCUGUGUUCGUUACGGCUGCCUUCUCAUUCGCUGGAACGGAGAUUGUUGGUUUGGCUGCGAGUGAAACACCGAACCCGCGUGCAACCAUGCCUUCUGCUGUAAAGGGAACUUUCUGGCGUAUUACUCUCAUCUACGUCACAUCACUUACUAUUAUCGGUCUUCUCAUCCCCUACGACGAACCUCGCCUUUUGGGUGGAAGUGGAGCUAAUGCCUCGCCGUUCGUUAUUGCUCUGGACAGGGCACACAUACCAGGCCUUAACCACCUUGUGAACGCAACCAUCUGUGUUUCCGUCCUGUCUAUCGGUCUCUCCGCUGUAUACGCUGGCUCCCGGACGCUUACCGCUCUCGCUGAGAACGGGUACGCUCCAAAAAUCUUCAGUUACGUCGACAAGUCUAGUCGUCCUCUGUUCUCCGUCCUUCUCUUCCUCUCGAGUUGCGCACUAGCAUAUAUCAAUAUUGCCGAGGACGGUGCCACAGUGUUUAACUGGCUCGUUGCCAUCUCUGCUCUUUCAACCAUCGUUACUUGGAUUUCCAUCUGUGUUUGCCACAUCCGUUUCAGGUCCGCAUGGAAAGCACAAGGCCAUUCUGUUGAGGAACUACCAUUCAAAGCUUUAGGUGGCGUAGUUGGCUCCUGGUUAGGUGUCAUCAUGAUGUCCCUUGUCUUGGUCGCACAGUUCUACGUGGCGAUCUGGCCACCAAACUUCGAGGGUGGCUCUAGUGAACGAGUCCAAAGUUUUUUCAUGGCCUACAUGGCGGCUCCCAUUAUUCUCGCUUUCUGGAUCAUCGGAUAUGCCUGGAAGCGCCAGAAACCCAAGAGAGCAAGUGAAAUCGACCUCGAUACUGGCCGUAAAUGUUGGCUCACUGUUGAGGAAAUGCGCCAAUACCGUGCAGAACGCCGCAACGCUCCGUUGUACGUUCGGGUUUAUCGUCUUCUGUUCUCCAACUAGGGACCAUCUCUUGUCGUAGGUGUAGUCAUGGUUGUGCGAUGUUUUGUUGUCCAGUGUUUAAUGUUCUAAUACCAUACACCUACGCUGUAAAUUCUGGGAAUUCCUGUCUUCGCAACUAGGUAGAUUUGAUUAAGUAUGUGCAAUCCAAAUG